AUGACUGUAGCAGGAAAAGAAGCAAUAAAUAACACUGAGGUGGCGAAAAGUGCGCUCAUUCAAACUGCGAUCAUCGUCAACACAGUGCAAGAAGAGCAGCCAAGUCAGUUUGGAAAAAAAGCAGUAAGCAGAGAUGAGACAGGACGUUACAAUGUUAGUUGGCUAUGGGAAAGAGAGAUACCUAAACUGGUUAGUAAUUUCGUGCUCUGCCUCAGUCGACUCAAAUCAACACUUAGAAAGCUCCAAGUGAAAGAAAGAACUAAAUGGCGAGUGGUUUUCGACGCAUCAGUCUUCACAAGAAUGAUCACUGAACAACGAGCUUUACAAAGGACCUUGUUUGUUACCAAAUUCGUCCAGAAUCCCUUUACGUUUUCGCAAAGCAAAAUAGUAGUUCUAGCUGAUGCUGAAAAGACUUUCCCACAAUUGGGUUUGCAGGAGCAGGACAGGGACUGCACCAGAUUCCUUCGGCUCAGAGACACAAAAAAGCCAGUAACAGAGCUCAACAGAGUACCCUUUGGAGCUAUAUCAAACCCAUUUUUGUUAGCAGCGACUUUGAGAAAACAUUUCAAAAACGAAAUCUUCUUCAGUCUUUAUCCUCCUCAAUCUUACGUGGACAAUGCAGUGAUAACAGCCAACAAUACCAAGGAAGCAAUCCAAAAGUGCAAAGAAACGAAGGAAUUGUUUACAAAGGCAAAACGAGCAUCAGGUAAUUUUAUGCACAGCAACAAGGAAUUUAUGAUUGGAUUACCAACAAAGGAUGCCCAGUAA